AGCGCACGAGAUAACUAGUCCUCAUAAUUAGCAGCGCUCCCGUAGUCCGCAGUAAGUAUAGGUCGGCUCAGGCUCUCUCACCCCACACGACGGAUGCGGGCUCCCACCUUCUAGAAGGCGUCCUGAUCUCCCACCAAGUCCAAAUCUCCCGCGUCCAGACCCCUAAUUUUCCGGGUCCGCGACCCCCACGAGAUGCUGGGUGUCAUGUCCUUCGCAGGGCCAGGAUAUCGGUACCCAGGCCGUGUGUCGUCGGAGCAGCAGAGUCGGUACCAGUCGGAGUCGAUGACGGUUCCCCCAUCCAUCCCGCCGGGCCCGUGUCGUCGUGUCGUGUCCACUGCCAUGUUCCGUGUGCGUGUGCUGUAACUUAUCUGCUGCACCAUGCACUCCAAUCUCCCCCAUCUCCCCAUCACGCGUUUCUCGGCAUCCUCCCAGCCUGCCGAAAUGUCAAGUUUCGGUGAAACAUUCUCGGCGUCCGUUCCGCUGUUCCGAUUAGAGGGAGUCCGGCCAAGGGAAAUGACCACAACAAGCCCCAACGCCAACUCAACACUGCCAGUCCUGCCAUCAUGCCAGCCGUUGGGCACGCCUGCAUGCCAUCACCAAUCCGAGCUAGACGAAGCCUCAGCCGCUCCCACCGCCGCCAAACUUCGGCCCUGCCGAUCGUGUCCAUUUCUCCACGCGGCAGGAAAUUCGCAGAGCCCACUCCGCGUCUCAGUCGGGUCACAGAGUCCAAAGGGUCCAAAAAUUGUAAAAUAUGUAAAUCCAUGUCGAGGGAGAAGAGUGUCUACCCUUGUCCAUCAUGCUAUGCUCAUCUCCUGCGCCAAUGACCUAUGCUUCCUCAUUCGUACAGUUAGAAACACCUGUGCUAUGUCCGUUCUGUUGAUAUCUUCCGUGACUUCGCCGAGUCCCAAAAAAAUUGCCCAGUCCCAGCCAUUCAAAACAUAUUCCGUCUCAACAAAUGCAAUGUCGGUUAUUGCACCGCAGAUUCUUCCUCUUCUCCAAAAUGCUCCUUCCCUAGACGCGUCUCAAAACUCCGGCAUGAGCCAUUUCACUCUUUCGCGCUUUCGUAAGAAAAAAAAAAAAAAUCCCCCGCUCUGGUGGAGUCAUGGCACUAAGGCUGUGACCCAAAUGUGAAAAGUGCAGAAAGAAGCAAUUCCUGACACCGUGCAAUAUGCUGGCUUGUGAUUUUCGUAAUGAGACAAAAAGGAAAAAACUCCAAGAAUGCCAAUCGCUUCUAAACGAUGAACCCAAUUUCAGAUGUGGGUUGAUGGGUGGGUGGUUGGUUGGUUGGUGGUGAUGAGAAUGUCGAUCGCACUCAAUUGCCGAGGUUGGGUUCAUGAGCGCGACGCCCUCGAAUUUCGAUUGCUGGUGUGUCCAGAGCCGUCGGUCGGUCGGUCGGUGGUCGGUUGUUUAGUCCGAGCGGAUGGUGGUGUGUCGGCUAACCCCCCU